CAAAGGGUUCAGAAGCUGGCAAACCUGCCUGGCCCAAACCAGCAGGAGGAUAUCGAACUGUUACAGGUAGAAGAUAUGGAAGAAGAUAUGCCUAUAUCCAUUUUAGACCAUCUUUUAAUAGCCAAGACAGAGAUAAACAUCAACAACAUGAACAACAGAUGAACAAUAAAGGCUGUGAACGAGUAGACUUGGAUGUUCAGGAAGAGAAUUUUUCAUGUUGCAGUCCACUGGUUCAAGUUUCUUCUGGUUUAUUAGAUGAGCCGUUGUCAGAAAAUAUUGGAACUGGAGAACCCGUUUGUCGAAGUGUAGCAUGUCAAACUUUUGAGGUGAACACUUCACCAUUUUCUCUAUCCUUUUAUAUUCUGGAAGGCAACCAGAUGUCCAGGGACUUUAUCAAUCCUUAUGAAAAUUCUGAGGACCUUGCAGAACACACAUCUGCUCUCAACCACAGAGUUUGUAGAGAAUGUUGUGAAAAAGCAGGAGCAAUGCCUUUAAUGAGUUGUUUCAGCAUAGAUUCAGACUUGGCAUAUCCAAAGGACAGGGCAUUUAAACCUUCUGAUGAAGAUCAAGCUAUACCAAAAAGUGAGCCAAGUGGUGCCAAUUAUGAAACACAGCAGAUAAAAAAUACAGUGGAUGUUGGAAUCAGAACCCCUAUAGCAAUUGCUAGUGAACUAAAUGUCAAUGAUGGAAAGACUAACCAAGGAAAUUCACCUGAGCUAGUAGUGAGACCUAAAAUAAGAAAACAAAGUACUCCAAAAAAGUUGGGAAGAGAGAAACUUCUCCCUAAUGGUGGUGAAGAAAGUGGUUUCUGGAGAAGAACUGAAAUUGCUGAAGUCCAGCAUAGCUAUGCUGAGUGUGCCUUGAGAAACAGUGAGGAGGACAUGAGUUCUAGUAUGUUCUCUGACUCAAGAGAGCAUGAAGGCCAUACAAAGAACACAGAAAUAGACCUAAGGAAAAAUGCAGCAACUCAAGAACAAAUACUAUUUUCAGAUGAUGACUCCUUUUGGGAUGACACUGAAAACUGGAGCACACAGUUCUUCAGGUUCCUCAAAAAUGAAAACAGCUCAGAAUGCAGUGAUGGAGAAUUGUCUUUUUUUGCUAAAGAUGAGGACCCAGGCAGGGGGGAGCCUGAGCCUGAAAUGCUGAGCAGUGCAAGUGGUGUAGAAGAGAACAGGGACUUCUGUUUCCGAGGACGGGAACAGACAUUGUUGGAGGAAGGAGAGAUUCCACAGUUACGGUACCAGGAAGAAGUAGAAAAUAAAACUGAAGAGGAAAGUGAUCCUGUUUGUGAUUUUGUGUGUUCUGGAUUCUUCCUCUUGCAUGGAAAUAACCUUGAGGAUGACUCCAGUGUGAGACAAGACCUGGAUGUAGAGUGGAGACUGCGUGAUGAGUUUGGUGAUGGUCUAGGACUUGCCCAAGCCACUGCUUUUGUGGAUCCACUGGUUGUCACGGCUAGGGCACUAGAGGAACGCUUACAACAAGCUAUACAGAUUACUCUGGCAAAUUGGGGCUCUCUUGAAUUUAAUGCUGAAGAGGCUCAUCCACCAGCUACUCAAGAAACUAUAGAUUGUCUGCCUGAGAUUGUCGUCACAGAUGACUAUGAUGGUAUGGAUCAAGAGCAGUCUUGUACUAUCUGUUGGAGUGAAUAUGUGAAAGAUGAAAUCAUUACAGAGUUACCCUGUCAUCAUUUCUUUCACAAAAGUUGUAUAGUUCUUUGGCUACAAAAGUCGGGAACUUGCCCUGUUUGUCGCCAGGUGCUUGCACCUGAGCUUCCUGAAGGAGCUGCUGCCACUGAUUCCACUCUAUCUGACGCUUCCGCAGCUUCUGAACAGA